GCUCCAGUUGUCGUUGUGGAAGUGUAGAAAAGAAAAGUAUCACUUUGAAAAGGAAAAGUUCGAUGAAUUGUCAAUACAAAAUCUACAUCUCCUCUAAAGCUAUUUCGCAUCCGAAAGACGAACAAUUUAAACAAAUUCGUAGUCGACCAAUUCCGAUAUACUACCAAAAUUAAUGGAAAUGAAAGAGAAAUAUGGAGGAAUGUAUCCAAUAUACAUAGGAUUUAGCGCACCAUCGCUUACCAUUACCGAUCCAAAAUUUUUAGAAUUUUUGCUUGGAUCAACAGCAAUAACAGAAAAAAGUUCCGAUUAUAGAUGUCUUCAUAGUUGGUUAGGAAUGGGACUCCUUACUAGCGCAGGUUAUAGGUGGAGGAGUCAUAGAAAAAUUAUAACGCCAGCAUUCCAUUUUAAAAUAUUAGAGAGCUUUAUUGAUGUAUUUGAAAAGAACUGUAGCAUUCUUAUUAAAAAAUUUGAACAAGAAGUCGGGAAAAAUUCUUUUGACGUAUAUCCUUACGUUACAUUAUUGGCACUUGAUAUAAUCUGUGAAACAGCAUUAGGAACUGAAGUAUACGCACAAACAAACGCUCAUUCCGAAUAUGUAGAAAGUGUAAAGGAUAUGUGCAGGAUAAUAAUGGAAAGGACAUUUAAUCCAUUCUUGCAAAACGACUUUAUUUAUAAACUGAGUAGCAUUUACAGGCGCGAGAAGAAGGCAUUAAAAAUUUUACACAAUCUGACCUUGUCAGUGCUCCAAACGAAAAGAAAGCGAUUGCUAUCGAACGGUUCACUUGCAAAUCAAGACGAAUGUCUCGGUAUAAAGAAGAAACUUGCGUUUUUAGACUUACUUCUUCAGGCUACCGUCGAUGGAAAACCGUUAUCGGACACUGAUCUAAGGGAGGAGGUUGAUACAUUUAUGUUUGAGGUAGGAAUUACAUUUAAUAUUUUACUUAUUUCGGAGUACCAGGAUGUAGUGCAUUGUCGAUGUUCGUUCUACCACCUUUAA